AGUCUUUCAAUAAAAUUUUUUUAGUUAGCUUCCAUCAAAACAAAAAAUGAAUGUGUGUUAAAAAUUAAACAACAUAGAAUUAUGGCUGAUUUCAAAGUUGUUACAUCCGAUUUUGUCAAUUUACAAAUAUCAACAUCAAAAGAUGACUUAUCUUUUAACGAAAAACGUUUUCCUAAAGAUAUUACUAUAUCUGAUUUAAAAGUAAAACUAGAAUUAAUUACUGGUGGUAGUUGUAACACAAUGCAGCUUCAAGCUUUUAAUAAAGAUAACAAAUGCAUUUGUUCCUUAGAGAACAAUAGUGCUUUACUAGGCUCAUAUCCUUUAGAAGAUGGCAUGAGACUUCAUGUCAUUGAUAAUUUUUUAAUGAGGAAUGAACUGGAUUUUGGAAAUGUUCCCAAGUUUGAAUUAUCACAUGAUGAAUAUGAAAAAAAGGGUGAUACUGUUCGAUCAUUUUUAAUGAAAAAUAAGUUAGGUAAAUAUAAUCAAGAAAAUAUUCAGAAAAAAGAACAGUUAGAAGAAGAAGAAAAGAAAUUAACAGAAAGUAUAAAGAUAGGCUCUAGAUGUAAAGUGUCAGUUCAAAAUGCUUCAGAUAAACUUGGUACAAUAAUGUACACAGGACAAGUUGAAGGGCUCUCUGGAUAUUGGAUAGGAGUUAAAUAUGAUGAACCUCUUGGGAAAAAUGAUGGAAGGUCCGCCUCAAAAAAGUCCUUUAAGGUGCAAAAAUUACCUCCAAAGGAAAAUGCAACUGAUGAACACUGUUUCAGAGUGUUUCAUCAAAUACAAGCGUGGUAUUCUAAUCCUCUGGAUCCAUUAAAAUAUGGUUGGAAAAAAGGAGACAGAGGAUUAGAACCUAUUACAUCAAACGACUCGAGUAGAUAG